CAAUGAGACUGUUGGAGUUCAUGUCAAAGAGCUGUGCAAGGAAAUCAGACUGGAGAGGAGCACACAGGACCUGGAGCUCAGUGAAAUGUGCAGGUAUGCUGAAGAACGUGCUGUUCAGAGCUGGAGACUGCCUGAAGAGGAUAAUUGUUACUGACUGAAGCGCAAAGCAAGAGGGUAAUUAGAGACCUGGCACUGGUACAUCACGACAGCAGCAGUGUUACCAUGGAGACUGGCAAGCCAGGAUUGGCGAACGCUCUAGUGCACAGCAACUCCGUCGCAGCGCAGACAGAGAGAAGAAUGGACAUCCAGGCCCCGCUGACGGCUGUUUACAUCCACACAGGGCCCUCUCUCCCAGCACAGCCAUACCCACAGCCUCCCGCAACCACCCACUCGCCAGCCACACUCCAUCUGGCCAUGCCGCCGCUUUACUCCAAGGAGACGCUUCCCUUUCUGACGUUCCAUAUUGCUGGUGGAUUGCAGGCUCAGCCAGGAUUGAGUUUGGCAGCAGCUGCUCCUGCAGUCAAACCCAAGUCAGCAGGAAAGCACAUGUGUCCUCAUUGUGGACGGGACUGCAUGAAGCCCAGUGUGCUUGAGAAGCAUCUCCGCUGCCACACCGGGGAGCGGCCUUACCCCUGCACCACUUGUGGAGUUUCUUUCAAGACACAGAGCAACCUCUACAAACACAGGAGGACUCAGGCUCAUGCCCGCCUCUGGUCUGAAUCAGAGCAAAGCAGCCUGAGUAGCCUGGACAGCUCAAGGGAAACUUGUACCUCCAGUUUGUCUCUGGAUGAGCGGAACGAUGGCUCAGGCAGCACUGAAAAGAAAGCUGCCGAGAUCACCUGUUUAACUGCACAGGUCUGCUCUGAACAGACGCAAGGCUCUGUCAGUGCACGGACUGAGUUGACCCCUGUGGGUCAUCAGACAGAUUCAAAUCCAAGUACAACAAUAACACCAAAAGAGGAAAACCAGAGGAGGGAAAAUGAAAAACCUCCCCUGACAGCCAGUCGACAUCUUACUCUUCAGAGGCAGGAGGCGACUCUGUUCUCCAAGCAGUGGGAGAGUUCUGUAUCCAGAGGGAAAUCCCAGAGCCAUGAGAGCACUGACUCAGGCUUCAGUGAGAGCAGUGACCAUUACCCGAGCCCUGGCAGUGUCUUACCUGAACACAGCAUGGACUCCCUCACAGAAUCCACCAAAGAGCAUCUUGAAGAAACCAGCGACACACAAAUACAAUCAAAACCAGGUCAAGGUGGACAGGAACCUAACGAUUCUUCAAGGAAGCAGGAGCAGAAGAUGCUAGAGGAGCGUAUCUCCAAGCUGAUUUCAGAGAACUCAGCUGUUGUGGAGGACAAACAGCUGGAGCACGUGAGGCCACGGAAAACAGUUCUAUCAAAGCAGGGGAGCAUCGACCUCCCCAUGCCGUACACGUACAAGGACUCCUUUCACUUCGACAUGAGGAUCAGUAAGACUCCUAAUGUUGGAUUACAAGGAAACAGGAAUCAUGGCCUCUACAGUUCUGUGCCCACUCAGCGCUCCAACACCAUGGAUCAUGCCCCCCUAACUCGCAGCAACUCCCUCCCCUUCAGCGUGACCCUCCUGCAGCCAGAGAACAGCAGCCAAGCCUCCUCCUAUCAGAGCGAUUAUGUAACGCUCAUUCGGAGGGGAAGCUCAGGCCAGAUCAAUCCAGCAGGUUUCGCAAUGAAGCCUGUGAACCAGCAGUCAUCCACCCACCGCCCACUGGUACGGCAGACUGCCGUAGACUGUAACCACGCAACAGACGGUCUCUUCAUGAAUUCAUCAGUGGAGGAGGCCUACACUGGCAGUCUCAGCUGUGAUGGGGAUGGCGGUGACAUUUGUGGUGAGCCAAGCAACAGAAAGUUCCGGAGGAAGAAAGCACAAAAGUUUGCCUACAAUAAGUGGUACAUGUACGGGGGAGGGACUUUUAGGAAGCUGUAUAAUGCUGAAAAAGGUGGCGAUGAGGGUGUUGUGAAAGGCAGGAAAUGCCUGACACACCCAGAGCAGGAGGUCAUUCAGGGCUUACAGAAAAGGUUGUCAGCAGUGAACAAGGAGACAAAACCAGCAACAGAAUCCACGGUCAACUUCACAAGUGCAACAGUUUGUCAUCCAGGCGGCCCUCCUGCCAAAGUCUCCCUCGUCUCUGCUCUGGACUUCAACCAGAAACACAACAAGCUUCCUUCCUCCUGCAGCUCUCUCAAGACUCCACUGCAGAGGAAUCUGUCUUUGUCAGUUCUACCAUUACCUCCCAUUGGAUCCUUAGUUAGCCACAAAAUAGACAGCAUCAGCAGGGCAGAGGCUGAGAGACUGUUCAAUGUGGAUAAACAUACUGACUCCAGCUCAAAGCUCUCUGGAGCCGCGGCUCCCUCGGACAGGAAAAAGCAGAAAACUGAUGACAAAAUAAUUUGCCCUCUGGAGAUGGAGACUGACCCAAACAUGCUGACUCAUCCUCCGCCCUCUGUCACUGGCAGCGCUGCUCAGCAGGAUACAAAUCUCACUUAUAUCAGCCUUCAACAGAAUCAAAAACAUACACAGCUCAAAGGAGUUCUCUUCCAGCCAUGCAUAAUCAAUGCAAAUGCACCAUCUGCUCACACCUCGCCAGCAACCUCCACCCACUCUCCUGCCAAGACCAGCUUUCUGCCCAAGUACCAGCUCAAGUUACCCAGUACUGCUGAGCCUGAUUCAGACCCUUCACCACGUGUUGUGGAUCACCCGACAGGAGCUGAUGGCGUUCAUUUCACCUCUGCUCCGUCGUCACAUGCAGAGCGGGCGACACACUCGGUCACAACUUCUGUAAAGAAAUGCAGCAGCCAUCCUGUUGCUUCACCAUUAACGCAGAACUCUGACAUCCAAAAGUUAUAUUCUACCAGCUCCACACCAGGACAGCUCAUCUUACCCUGCAGAGCUUCACACCUUUGUCAAGCUGAGACAUCAAGACUUAAAUAUGUGACGUCAAGUGUCGCUGUAGCGCACAGGCAAUUUGCAGAAACCACGACAACCACAACAUGCCUUCGAGAUAAUCCUGCUAGGUUGUGCAGCACUUUAGUACAGCCUACGAAACCUGCAGGUGCAUCAGAAUCUAUGCAUUCAACCAGAUCUGCUCCAUCGAUGCUCACCAACUCACCUGUCACAGCUACAAUAACCACAGCAAACAGUCAGAUAUCUACUGCAGCAAUUACAGCUCUGCCUCAACCUCGUCAACCUGACCACAAGCCUGCUCUCUCACACACACAACUCUGUCCCCUAUCAGACCCGUCAGGACCUAUCACCGGCUCAAACACACCAGUAGUACCCUGUCAUAUCGUACCACUGGACCAGUCGCAGUCAGCUGCUCAGAAUGUGUUUCAUGUCCACACAGCAGAUCUGCAGAUUUGCCUCCAGAUCAUAUCUGACGAGCAGUUAGCUCUCAUGGAGCCCCAGAUCGAGAGGCAGGUAGCAAGUGCCCCAGAAGUGAUUCAGAGUGAAGCCCAAAGUCCUGGUAGUAGCCGUGUCGAAAGGGACCAUCAACAGUCAGGGUUUGGACAGGACUCACACCAAAGUAAGCCUUUACCCGUGGAUACAGUGAAAUCUCAACUAUCUGUACAAUCUGUGGAGACAGAGUCAAAACUGACUGAACUCAGUAACUCCACUCAUGCCGGAGCAUUAGCCGAAUCAAAGCCUCCUAAAGCUCCAGAUUCAUCGCAAAACCCACGCAAUUACAUUCCUGUAAACACAGUCACAGAGACUCAGAGCUCUACAGGCAAUGUUAUGUCAACUGCAGCUUCACAUGUAGGUGUAAAGUCAGGACGGAGCCAAACUUCACAAAAGGAACAUGACCUCUCUCUGAACUGUUGUGGCGAGGGGCAACUUUCACCGGAUAUCAGGGUCAGCCAAGGUGGACUAUUCUCUCAACAACUCUCAGGCCAACACAAUCUCAGCGUGACCUCUCUCUCUCACAGCACGGCGAAUCAGAAAAGCUUGAAAAGUGGAAUCCUGGAAAAAGAAAUCCAACAAACAUGUAUAUGGAAUGUAGACACAGGAAACACUGCUGCACACACAAACAGCAGCUUAGAAAGUGAAAGCCAGCAGCUUCCCCAGGAUGUGCUCGCUCAGGCCUCCACUGCUGCAAGUGUGACUGAACACUCUGGUUCAGUUUUGACUUUUUCUGUUAAUAAAUGCAAAACCUCAAUACAGUUGAACCCUCAAGCGUCGGUCCACUUCAGUGAUCCAGUGGAGUCCACAUUACCAGUGGCUGAGAGUUCAUCCAAACAUGCAAUCCUGGGAUGUGAAAGGGUGGGUCCUCCUGAGAAAAUGAGCCUAACUGAAUCAAAGAAUGUAAUCAGCUCAGCUCAAUGUGGUACGAUUCCCUCUAACACCAAGACGGAAACACUCAGAGACAACCAGGCUGUGCUGACAGGCAUCCAAAGCCCCCCUGAAGAGCUUAUGGAGGGAGCCCCUCUGACAGGAUCGGCGGCCAUGGAGGGGUCACACACUCGGGGACAAGGAGAGGCCUCUGCCAGCACAGAUGAGAGACUGCAGCAGAGAGAGGAGGCUGAAGAGACAAAGCAGCGAUGCCUGAAAGAACAGGGGGUGAUGGAAGAGGAUGAAAGAGGAGUGAUCGAGAAGGAUGAACAGGAAGAAGAGCAGGGCGAGGCCGAGGCUGACCCCAGGUACACAUGUUUACGAGAAUCAACGACGCCAGAGAAAGGCAACAGAAAGGUCGAGGAGGAUUCUUUCAGAGACUCUUCACUAACCAAGCAGCAUCCUCAGGAUCUUUCCCAGACGCACUCAGGAAUGUCUGAAUAUCCUUCACCGCACGCUCAGCGAGCUUCAAGCGUCUCAAAUGACUUUAAUUUACCUGCAAGCUGCAGUCAGACGAGACCUCUUAGUUAUCCGCAGCUCCCAUUGGACACAAACAACUUCUACUUCUCGCAACAACACUGGGACAGCAAUGCCAUUCAUAACCUUCAAACGCAGAACGUAUGCAAAUCAAAUUCACGUCAGCAUAUCAAAGCACAGGUUCAAUUCAUGGACACACAGGACGCUUUGUCACAAAGUGAGACACAUCUCCCGCAAAGUCAAACGUUUUCACAACAGGACCAAAAACAGGGAAACACCACUGCAGGUAACACCACAGAGGUCAGCUGUUGUUCACAGUUAACUCCAGAGAGUCACAAAAGUUCCACAACAUCAUCAUCCACACAACCCAGCCAAGAGUGUGUUUCUGCUCAGGUCAGCAGAGCUACAGCUGGACUGACAGUGGACACCCAGGUGUCACACAACAAUGUGCUGGAUAGUAACACUGCACACCCUGUGACACAUCCUGAGGAUUACACAGCACUACAGGACCACAUGAGUCAGAGCAGUCACUGCGAGAGAUCAGACAGUACCAACAAAUACCAGUCUUUCUUCUUGGCCGGCCAGAUUCACGGCUACCAGCCAGAGUGUGUGACCGGCGGAGUGAGGCCGGUGCAGAGCUGCCAGGACUACACAGAGGACACCAGCAGCAGUGACGACGAGGGGAAGCUGAUCAUUGAACUUUGAGUGAACAUACAGGCAAUGCAACUUGGGUUUAUUUCUGAUGUACAGAAGUGUUUAAAGGCAAAUUUGCUCUGGAGGCAGGAAUAAUAACAGUGGCUGAGGAAGAGGAAGGUGCACCGAGUCAGAAUAUGGAUCAAAAACUUACUUUUCCCCCUUUUUCACAUAGCUAGCAAGGAGAACAUGACCUUAUAUUAGAUUCAUCCCUUUCCAAAAACCCUUCUCUUGUCAUCCUCCAAGGUUUAGCUUUUACUUUCACAUUGAGUCCAUUAUGAUUAUCAAUAAUGGUAAUCUGAUUUAAUCUGAUCUGAUGGAAAAUUGUGUAAAUCAGUCUUUCUCUCAGUUUAUCGGUGUCACCAUAAAGUCAGCGAUGUGUUAAUCAUGUGUGAUUAACGUGGGAACAUCCUGAGCUGGAAUAAUUGGAGGUGUUUUCAUUCUUGCUGUUACGCCAACUUGGUAAGAAUGAGACAUGUAGGGACCUGCCCUAAAGAUGGAAACCCCCAGAGAAAUGCUCAAGGCAUGUUUGUGAACACUGAUUAUUAAUUUUAAAAUAUACACUACCAGUCAAAAGUUUGGAAACACCUUCUCAUUCAAAGGUUUUUAUUUAUUUUAAUUAUUUGAAACACUGUAGAUUAAUACCAAAGACAUCAAAACUAUGAAAGAACAUAUGUGGAAUUAUUGAAUGAACAAAAAAGUGUUAAACAAAGCAGAAUAUGUUUUAUAUUUUAGAUUCUGUAAAGUAGCCCCCUUUUUCCUUCAUGACAGCUUUGCACACUCUUGGUGUUCUCUCAGUCUGCUUCACAAGCAGAGUGGUUUACAAAUAUAGCUGCAAGCAGGUUUGGGAAUCUCACUCAUCCCUGUUUGCAUAAUCUAAACCAGGGCCCCAUGUUUUAAAUGCAUCAAGGUCAAAUAGCUGGUUUAAAAUCUAAAAUGAGCUGACAUUGACAUAUUAUUGCUCUGUUAGCAGGCAGCUUCACUCAUGACAGGAUUCCUCCUCUUUGACCUCUUCUUUUUUAACUACUCCGAUGACUGUUUGCAGCCGCAGUGUGACUCCUGCUCUUGAACACACCCACUGAGAUUACUCCUGCCCCAGAGAAAUGUUGUACCAUUUCCGUUCUGCUUACACAUGCUUAAUUUGCCAUAUUUAUGUCUACCAACCCACACUCACUCUCGCUCAUAAAUUGCACUUUGUAACCUCUCCAGACAGCACCUGCGUGUGUGAAUCACGCACACAUGCUGCCAAAGACCCAUUAAGUUGAUCUCUGCUGCCAAUCAGAUCACACAGGUGAAGCAGGCUCUGGCUGGGGGGACGUGACCCUUUUCUAAGUCUGGCUUUUUGUAAUGAGUCAUCAGCUCUACCAGAGAUCACAGCAGCAGGAAAUGUGUGUAUGUAACCCUAUAUGUACAUACCCACAGCUAUAGCUCCAUGCUGACUUGCUUGUCAAUCCUCAGCAAAUUAGUGGUGAUAAAGCUUUAUGGACACGAGGGGUGGACGUGUUCAUGUGUUCAGGCCUGUUUGACAUGUUAGAUAAGUUAAUACUGAUGUUUGACUCAGAGGGAAGUAAGAGCACAAAAAUGUGAACAUGUUUACUUCAAAAGCUGAUAAAUUAUUGUGUUACAAAUUAAAUUGUUUUAAUUUGAUGUUUUUUUCAUUUUCUAGUUUUAUAUCACUGCUCUAUAUUAAAUGUACAAAUAGUUUACA